CACCCGGUGAUCUGUCGUCGCUCUCGACAGGAACGAAGAAUUCCAGAAUGCGCCUCAUCCUUGUGCUCGCCGCCGUGCUUGGUCUGGCCUACGCGGAUCACCAUGAAGGCCGACCAGGCUCCGUCUGUGCAUUGGAAGAAACGGCCAAGCGUACUCUCCUAGAAUGCGUCCAGACGAAUCUGCAAACAGAGACUAACCAAAAGCUGCACAACAUGAAGGGACAACUUGAAUGCGGAGACGUUUACUGCGUUUUCCUGGCAAUCUGCCAGCGAAACAACGGUACACUGGAGCUUCCCCCUUCAAACACCCUAUUCACGGAGACUGAAAAGGCUGACCUACGCCGUACUAUCCUAACCUGCCGUGACAACCUCCUGAACCAGGCUAGCAAAACUACCUAAAUACGACACAUACGUGCACGUACAUGUUGUAUUGAUUCGGAAAUAAAAUCCUUGCAGUGAAGAAGUCUUGCA